AUGCGCAUACACAUGCACAAAUCCAUAUACAGACUCACUGUUGAGUUGUACAUGCAGGUUAUGAUCCGUAAGACCGUGCCUGGUGGAAAUUUUAGAAAAUUCAAGGAGAAACCAAUUGUGAUUGCAAAAGCUCCUAAGAAAAAUGGAUGCAUUGCAUAA